AAAAAUACAGGGUUAAAAAAAAUACAGGCUCGAGGGUUUUUGAAGCACGACUUCGAAAUAAAAGGCAGCCUUGUGCUACGCAGUUGGUGACGUCAGGACGUGAUCACGCAGCCCAGAGUCACGUGAACCGUUUCACAUAUGCAAAUGUUUUAAUAACCCGUUUUCGGUCGUUUUUGCGGUGAAAUUUCUUGCUGCUGAAUUUGAAAGUGCACUUUAAUCUUCAGCGAUCCAACAUGGACGAGGACGGGCUGCCCAUCGUGGGCUCUGGAGUCGACCUUACCAAGGUUCCUGCGAUCCAACAGAGAAAAAUUGUUGCCUAUCUCAAUCAGUUUGUUGCACACACAGUCCGCUUCCUUAACCGCUUUUCCACAGUGUGUGAAGAGAAACUUGCAAACAUAUCUCUUCGCAUACAGCAGAUAGAAACCAGCCUGUGCAUUUUGGAGGCCAAGUUGUCUUCCAUUCCUGGACUGGAGGACGUCACCAUCGAAGGACUCGGUCAGCAGCAGACUGCACAGGCCAAUGGACCCAUCAUACCCAAUCAGAGCCAAAUCGAUGGUCCAGUAGCAGCGCCUCAAGGAGAGCCUGCUCAGACCACACCAGAAGCUUCAGCGACGCAAAAAGCAGAAGUGGCUGCAGAGAACGUCAUGACGGUGGCCAAAGACCCACGCUAUGCCCGAUACCUGAAAAUGGUUCAAGUGGGGGUUCCGGUGAUGGCCAUACGGACUAAAAUGGUCAUGGAGGGUUUGGAUCCCAACCUGCUUGACACACCUGAUGCCCCCGUGCCCGACGGAGGAACGAAGACCUCGGAGGACCAAGACGCUGCCGGCAGCAGCUCUGAUAGCGAAUCAUCUUUUAGUGACUGAGAUUGCUCAUUUGUGCUCAACACUGCAAAGUUUCCUCAUCCAUCGCCGUCUGCGCUGCUUUAGGCCCGUAGCGAGGAAGUAUGAGGUACCUCUUAAGGGCUACGAAGGAGGUGGUGUGAAUGCAGGUGCCUGAAACAGGAAAUCCAAAUUGAGUGACUGUAGAUUCAGUUUAAAAGAGCUGAACUGGUUCUCCUGUUUGGUCAGUCAGUGACCUUUAUUUUUGAAAAAUAAUGAUUUUUUUUUUCCUCAUAAAUUACUUUUCAAGUGGAGGAAAUCAUUUUUUUCUCUUAAUCAUAUAAGCAGCAGUCAGAAGAUGACAGUAGCAAGUGUUUUAACAAAACCAAACCAUAUCACAUAGAGGUCUUCUGUGGUUGUUGCACCACUGACUAAUCACUAAUGUCUAAUCUCUGAAAUGUUGUGUUCACACCAACUGCAAAGAAUACAGCUCAAGUUACAGUCCAUUAAUUUAGAACUUAACAUAAUGUCCAAAAAAUGUACUCAUGUUUAUCUAAACCUUCUCCUUUUUCCUGUCUCUGUUUCAAAGCAAAGUUCAACUAUACGGCUCGAGAUUACCUCAAGUUUGUCUUUUAUUUCUUAUUGGCACUGAGGAGAAUCUGAGGUCAUGUAGCAUGAAGUGAACUUUUUGGUAAAGUUGAAAUAUUUUAACUACUCCCCUCAGCUCACAUCAAUUCUAUGGAAGCUUGUUACUGCCACUGAUUUUUUUUUUUUUUUUUCCAUUGAUAACUCGGACUUGUGAAAUUUAAAAAAGGUUUUUUUUUGAGUGGCAAAAACGAGCUUCCAUAGAAUUCACCUCCGCAUGAACUUAUGUCAUUUGCAUUUGGUGUGGAUGCACAAUAAACCAGUACACCAUCAUAGUUUUGCAUUUUUCUUGCAGAUUUCAGGUAAAAUAGAAAGAAAACGUAUGUUGGUAUUUUGAAUGUUGGAUAUGUUCAUUUGCAUUCAGGGGUAAAUUAAAUCUUGGAUCUUGAAAUGCUUUUCUCUCUAUUUUAAAAAAAUUGUACUGUUGUUUAAUUAUUUUUAAAUUAGACAGAAGUAAAUGCGUAACAGUUCUAAAACAAAGACUAUAUAACAUUUACAUCCUAUACUAUAUACAGCAUAGUCUUCACCAUGCCUGGUGAAAUGUAAUAAUAAAGGAGAGUCCAGUGUAGCAACUGAACUUGGAUAUACAUCACAGUAGUGACAUGGUGUAUUUUUUUUUUUUUCAUUAUCAAAGAGAUCAGACCUGUGGCAAAACAAAAAGAAAAAACUUCUCCUGGUUUUGUUAUUUAUCCACUCUAAAUAAAAGCAGAAGUAUGAACUGAUCUGAUCUGUGGUUUAAAUGGGGAAAAUUAACUCUUCUUAAACGUGUUAUACUAUAAAUGCUUUUUGUUUUCACUCUAAAGUGCUUAACCCUCUGACCUAAGGUUUGUAUUACACUCCUGAAUAUGACUUCCUGAUUGUACCAGGUGAUGCGUUCAUCAGCCAGCUGUCAGCUCUUGUGUGCUUGCCUUUCGAGCUGCCCUCAGGUCUGUGUUUACACAGCCAUUACAGGCAGAGCCAGCAACAUGUCGUACUUGGAGGAGGACAGAGGCUCAGUGAGAAACCUAUGACUGAUCUGCAUUCAUGGAGCCUGUCAUAUCUGCAUCAACACACAAAGGAAAAGUUGCUCUGCAGCUGCUAAUCAGGCUCACGUAUUACAAAUAAUUUCCUAAUUCUGUAUAAGGUAUAGGUAUGAUUUUUAUUUUGUAUUUUUUUUUAAAUAGAUGGAGGUAAAAAGAUGAUUAUCCAUUACAUAAAUUAAAUGUAGUAUAGCGCCUUCUUUCGGAGACGUCACAAUAUAAACACUUGCUAAUUAUGAGCAAAAGUAGCUAAUAUUUGCCAUAUUAUUCAGAAAUGAUUUAUUCACCAUUAGUGGUAAGACUUGGGCAGUAAUCUUUUUGAUCAUAUGGGACCUGGUGUCACUUGAUACUGAAAGAUCCUCGUGAUGAUUGUGUAACCUUGAUGGAAAAACAGGAUGCUGUUCAGACUAAAAUAUUCUUUAUCAAGACUUUAAAUCCGUAUCUGCAGCACUGCCUAGUGCACUUUUAACCAUUUAGUUCAAUCUAAUAAUUUCU